AUGGCCAACGCUUCCAGUAAAAAGAUUGCUGCUACCAACAAGCAAACACUCAAAAACCUCACCAACGGAUUCCUCAUUGUCAAUGCCGUCUACUUUUUAUGGCGCGUUGUCUAUCACUGGCAAUCAUUCACUUUCUCUCAAUUCUUUUUGUACCUGACAACAGGUGGUUUGACGUUUUUGUUUUACCGUAUUCUAGUGUCCUCGGGCACGCCAUCUUACGCAGCAGAUGGCAACUUGAUUCGCAGUGGCGACGACCUCAAUGCAGAGGGGUUGACAGCGUACAUGUUUGAUAUCAUCUAUGUCACUUGGUUUGUUCAUAUCACGACUGCCUUCAUUUCAAACAAAUUCUGGAUGGUUUACUUGGUGAUUCCUGGCUAUGCUGCUUAUAAGUUAGUGCCCAUGGCAAUGUCUUAUUUUGGUAAAGGAAAGGGUCCAUCAAGCGAACAGCCAGGCGAGGUCAAGUCAAAGAGACAAGCUAAAUUGGAAAAAAGAGCAAACAAAGGUGGACAACAAGUCAAAUAUUCACGAUAA